AUGGAACACGAUAAGAAGGGAGGCAAACAGAACAAACACGACCGAUGCCCGCCCUGUAGUGUGGGUCUAUAUAUAGGAGAGCGAGUCGCCGCUGUGCCAAUCCCCGGGAACCUACCUCGGCCGUUUGAAGCUGCAUAUCUACGAUGCUGCCCAUGCAUGUUCCUCGUCGUCUUCGUGGGAUUUCCCCUCGUUCGAGUCCAGGGCAAUGUUUUGGAGUCCUUGCGGGUUGUUGCCAUCAUCGCUCGUGAGGAGAUGAAGAUCAUCGCCCUGUGA